AUGCUUACACCCCCAGUGCCCCGGAAGCCACGCGGCAGGGUGUGCAGGCAUUUGGGUCGGCCCUUUGCCACACAGGCAUCCGGGAGGCAGGCCCCAGGUGCCUCAGAAGCUGCACGGCAGCUCGCGCUGGUGAGUGCCGGCCUUCAACACAGCCACAACCAUGUUGUCCCAAACUAUCAUGGCACAGAAAAUAAACCACGGAGAAAGAGAAAAGUUAAAGAAGCUUCUAAAUCUCAGAACCUGGGGAAAGAUGCAGAAACCACCAGUUCUGUCAGUAUGAAGAGGAAGCGUAGAGUUGAAGAUGCGUUCAUUGUGAUAUCUGAUAGUGAUGGAGUGGAACCAAAGGAUGAAACCGGAUUGCAGAAAAUGAAGACAAAGCAGUCAAACGGAGCAAAGUGUUUCACCAAAAGAAAAACUGCACAGAUGACAGAAGAAGAAAAGUUUGCCUUGGCUCUCAAAAUGAGUGAGCAGGAAGCUGGGGAGAUGAACAGCGAGGAAGAGGAAGAAGAGGAGCUCUUGAGGAAAGCCAUGGCUGACAGCCUGAAUUCUUCCCAAGGGAUGUUUGUUGAAGAAACUUCUGAAGAAGGCAACUCUGUGCCUCGUUCACAAAGCACUGCUACUUUGACUGGGAAGAGAAGCUUACUCUUUAUGCCAGAGAGCUCUGCAGAAGAAAUCACUGUGUGUCCUGAGAUACAGUUAAGUUCCCCUGAAACUUCUGAUCUUGAAAGAGAAGACUCAUCAGGUGGCUGGGAGACUCUGGAUGAAGUAAAAAUAAUAAUGGGAGAUAAGAAGGUUGCUACCAAGGAAGAUGAUGAGAAGGAAACACCUACUUCUGCUUUUUCGUCUAGUGACCGGGUAUCAUGCCGACUGUGUGACCAAGGCUUCCCACCCGCAAUGACGGAGCGACAUGCUGUGUACCACAACGGUCUAAUGGAGCAAGAUGCAUGCUCACUCAGAGACAGAGAGGCCAAGAGCAGGAGUGAUAGAGGGACAGCUACACAGACUUCCCUAGACACUGACAAGCUUGAGCAGUGUUAUCUGUGUAAAUCCCUGGUCCCACUCAGAUAGCAUCAGUGUCAUGUUGACUCCUGUCUCCAGCUUGCCAGGGUGACCAAGGAUGGGCCCGAAGAGAAGGGUAAAGCGUGUCCAGCUGUGAAAGGGACGCGGGUGAAGAACCCAAAGGAAAAAGGCCGCAAUGAAGGCCGACUCCUUGGUCUCUUGGAACAGUCUGAGCAGAACACCAUAGAGGCAGAGGUUUGUGGUAUGGCAGCACGUAAUGGUGGAGAAUAUGUGGCUGAGAAAUCAUUCACUUCAUGGCAAGGAAGAGCAAGAGAAAAGGAGAGGGCAAGGUCUCUUAACCACUUCAAGGCACACUCACAGUGA